UGGAAGGAACAACAUGGCAGCGUUGUUUCUCAAACAGACAUCAUGUUUACUGAAUGCAGUCAGUGAAAAUCUUAAAAGCAUAAUGUGUUGCUCAGAAAGCUCCAGACUUUAACUAAAGAAUACAUUAUAUCUACUACAACAAAAACUAUGGCAUCCAAAAGAAAACAAUUUAAAAUUCCAACUGCUGCUGAAGUAACAGAUAAUCCCAAUACUUCAUCAGUGAGCUCGUUCAGCAAAUUUCAAAAAAUGAAGAAAGAAGGAAAAGUGACUGAUGCAUGUGACCUUGAUAAAUCAUUAAGAGCUGACAAGAAAUCUGAAUCAAACUUAGUUCAACCAAAACCUAAACCUGCAAUGUCUGUCAUCCAAAGUAGGAAUGAGUUGCCACAGAGUUCAAAACCUGUGUUCAAAAGUGUGAAAGAGCAACCACAGAGUUCAAAACCUGUGGUCCAGAUUGGGAAAGAGUUGCCACAAAGUUCUUCAGAACCAAGCUCUUCAAAAUCUGUGAUUGAGACUGAUAUACCAUCAACAUCCACUGCUGCCACUGAAACAGGCAUACCAACAGCUGUUAAAUCAUUGAAUUCUAACAGUAUCAUUGUUAAUUCAAGACAAAGAGGAAAUCCAAUACUUAAGUUUAUCCGCAGCAUUCCCUACGAGUUUGGAGAAAUAAUUCCGGACUAUGAAAUGGGAAAAACUGCUUGUGCCUUGUUUCUUAGUCUUCGUUAUCACCAACUUAAUCCAAACUACAUUCAUGAACGCUUGAAACAAUUACGCAGGUACUAUGAGCUCAGAGUGCUAUUGGUGCAGGUCGAUAUCAAGGAACCCCAUCAUCUCGUAAAAGAAUUAGCAAAAAUUUGUAUCUUGGCUGACUGUACCCUAAUUUUAGCAUUCUCACCAGAGGAGGCAGGGCGCUAUUUGGAAACUUACAAAGUUUACGAGCACAAACCACCAGAGGCCAUCAUGGAAAAAACGGAAAAGGACUACAUGUCAAAGGUCACAGAGUGUUUGACCUCUGUAAGGUCAGUUAACAAGACAGAUGCCAUGACCUUGUUGAACACGUUUCACACGAUGGAGGGCGUGCUGAAGGCAACCCAGGAAGACCUGAGCUUUUGUCCGGGAUUCGGUCCACAGAAAGCCAAAAGAGCUUUUGACCUAUUCAAUGAACCUUUCCUUAAAUCUAAGAAAAAGAAAUGAAGGCAUGAAAUUUAUAUGUAUACCUAUUUUUAAAAAAUGUACAUUUCAUAUGAUUUGUUUCGUACAUGAUCAGCUCUGAAUGAAUGAAAUGUAUAAUAUACUGUAUACAGGG